AUGAUAAUAAGAGUAUUGUGUGUUUUGUGUGUGUUGGGGACGGCGGUCACCAUCGAGCUUACAGAUGAACAGUACUACUCUAUGCCACGGCUUUUCGAGUUGGACGACUAUGAAGAAUGCAUAGGCCUUCGAGGUGCUUUCUGCAUGGGGUCUUUUCUACUGCGCUCGUCACAAAGGAACCAGCUCUUGCAUAUGAUACAAGAAUUUUCAGAAACCAGAUACAAAUUCAACCACACAAUCAUCCACCGCGGCUACUGCGUGACCAGGACCUGCGCGGAUAUAUCUUCUGGAACUCCAUCUGAAGUCUUUGAAAAUUGCGUGCAAAAUAGAACCGAAACUAACUAUGGAUUAGAAGCGAAGCUCCUGCAGCUAGAGUACUGCACCACUGAGCCCAGCCCUCCGAUGACGAUAGAUACAUAUGAUAUCGUGUUCGUUUGCGUGACAGCGGUCAUACUCCUCGCCAAUAUUCUUGGAACUGCCUAUGACCUGUUAAGGAACAAGGAUAAUAAACCGAAUCGCUACCUCAUGACAUGGUCCUUACGCGUGAACUGGGGAAGAUUGGUGGCCAUCCACGACAAGGAAGACUCUCACUUAACCGCCCUCAAUCCCGUACAUGGUCUUAAAGCAAUCCUACUGAUGCUGGUAGUAAUGGUGCACUCCAUCAUCGCGUACCACAUGACGUACAUGCACAAUCCCAGGUUCCUAGAAGAAAGCAUAGAGAAACCGCACAUGAUGUUGCUGAACAACGGCACGACGGUGGUCCAGACCUUCAUCAUGCUGUCCAGCUUCCUGCUCGCUUACAACGUGCUGCUCUCCCUCGACAAGGACCCCAAUAAGAAGAUCAACUUCCGCUUCUGGUGGAAAAUGGUCCUGCAUAGAGUUAUUAGGAUCCUCCCUCUGAACGCGUACGUGGUGGGUCUGACGGCGACGUGGUGGCGCGCGAUAGGCGCGGGCCCGCUGAUUCUCCCCCUGAACGCGUACGUGGUGGGUCUGACGGCGACGUGGUGGCGCGCGAUAGGCGCGGGCCCGCUGUGGCGCGUGCUUGUCGCGCCCGAGAGCGCGCGCUGCCGCCGCAAGUGGUGGACCCACGUGCUCUUCCUCAACAACCUCCUCGCUGACUAUGACCGCUGCCAGAUUCAGAGCUGGUUCCUAGCGACCGACAUGCAGCUGUACUUGGUGGCGUCCGUGCUGCUGGUGGCGCUCGCGCGACACACGCGCCUCGCACUGCGCCUGCUCUCCGGGCUCUUCGUGCUCUCCGUCGUCAUGAACUUCUUUAUAUCAUACUUCUUCAAUUUAAAUACUAUCCUAUACAUCAGUGAACCAGAAGCAAUUAGACAGCAGUUCUUUGGGGAGCCUUCCUUCCAGUGGCUAUACGCGAGCCCGUGGUUCAGCUUGCCCGCCUCCAUCCUCGGGCUCUUCCUCGCCUUCGCCUAUCAUUUGAUGAAGACUAACUGCUAUAAUCUACAUGAAAAUAAGGUGUUCCGCGCGGCGUACGCGGUGUCUAUCCCCGCCGCGUUCGCGUGGAUUCUCGGCGGCUGUGCGGCGCGCGACUGGGCCGCGCCGGCGCCGCGCGCGCUGUACUCCGCGCUCGAGCGCCCCGUCUUCGACCUCAUCGUGUUCGUCGCCUUGCUCGGCUUCUUCUACGACAUCAAAAACGUGUUCCGCAGCCUGGUGUCGUGGAGUGCAUGGCGCGUGCUCAGCCGUAUGUCACUGGCCGUGCUACUGGUGCACUGGGCCUACAACCUGAUGCUGUUGGGCUUGCGCACCGCGCCAGUCAGCAUCGGCAUCUACACCAUCGGCGAGCACUGGCUGGGCGUCCUCUUCAUGACAUACCUGACGGCCCUGCCGCUGCACCUGCUGGUGGAGGCGCCCAUGCAGAAGUUCUUGGAAGCUGUUUUUAAC